UUAUUCUGGCCCACCUCUUCAAGUCACUGCCUGACCAGCGAACCGACAGAGGAGAGAAGGCGGGUUGAACAGUUUGUUGCUAGUAUAGGUGAGACAAUUUUUUAACUAAGCUAGUUUUCAAAUGACACUUGCUGAAGGUUUCUCCUAGGCUUUUUGUUUAGUUUUUGUGUAAAUCUCUCCAUUGUUCUCUACAGAUCUGGGCCAGCUACAGAGUCUUCAAACAGUCAUCCACCAGGUUCUGUCUUUCCGUGAGAAGAAAACUGAGAGAGGGGAGGAUUGGAGAACGGAGAGAGGGGAGGAGAGGAGAACAGAGAGGGGGGAGGAGAAGAGAGGGGAGGAGAGGAGAACAGAGAGGGGGGAGGAGAAGAGAGGGGAGGAGAGGAGAACAGAGAGGGGGAGGAGAAGAGAGGGGGAGAGGAGGAGAACAGAGAGGGGGGAGUUCCAUGGAGCUGGAGCCCCCAGACAGGGUCAUUAUCCCCAGCCCCAGAGCCACCCCCAGUACCAGCCGCAGCUUCAACCCCACCAGCCGCAGCUUCAACCCCACCAGCCGCAGCUUCAACCCCACCAGCCGCAGCUUCAACCCCACCAGCCGCAGCUUCAACCCCACCAGCCGCACCUUCAACCCCACCAGCCGCAGCUUCAACCCCACCAGCCGCACCUUCAACCCCACCAGCCGCAGCUUCAACCCCACCAGCCGCAGCUUCAACCCCACCAGCCGCAGCUUCAACCCCACCAGCCGCAGCUUCAACCCCAGUCCCAGCCCGAGCCGACGCGCUGGCGAGGCCGUCACAGGGAGCAGCUGCAGGGUCAACAGGAGCUCUACCCCGGCUCAGGGGUCCUCCUGUCCUCCCUGCAGUUGGCUGCCAUGUUCCAGGAGGCCAGAGGGAACUGCAUGAGACUCUUCCACCUCCUGUUCGAACACUUUUUCACCGAGGAAGACCUCGUAGGGGCGGUGGCCUUCGGCAGGAGGGGAAAAGUAGCCGAUGGCAAGAAGAUUCUUGACCGCAGAACGGUGGAUGCAAUCAUAGGUGAGAAGGAGUAGGAGAUUGUUUCGGGCUCUGGUCAAAAAUAGUGUACUAUAUAGGGAAUAGGACUCUGGUCUAAAGUAGUGUACUACAUAGGGAAUAGGGCUCUGGUCUAAAGUAGUGCACUAUAUAGGGAAUAGGGCUCUGGUCUAAAGUAGUGCACUAUAUAGGGAAUAGGGCUCUGGUCUAAUGUAGUGCACUAGAUAGGGAAUAGGGCUCUGGUCUAAAGUAGUGCACUACAUAGGGAAUAGGGCUCUGGUCUAAUGUAGUGCACUAGAUAGGGAAUAGGGCUCUGGUCUAAAGUAGUGCACUACAUAGGGAAUAGGGCUCUGGUCUAAUGUAGUGCACUAGAUAGGGAAUAGGGCUCUGGUCUAAAGUAGUGCACUAUAUAGGGAAUAGGGCUCUGGUCUAAAGUAGUGCACUAUAUAGGGAAUAGGGCUCUGGUCUAAUGUAGUGCACUAGAUAGGGAAUAGGGCUCUGGUCUAAAGUAGUGCACUACAUAGGGAAUAGGGCUCUGGUCUAAUGUAGUGCACUAGAUAGGGAAUAGGGCUCUGGUCUAAAGUAGUGCACUAGAUAGGGAAUAGGGCUCUGGUCUAAUGUAGUGCACUAGAUAGGGAAUAGGGCUCUGGUCUAAAGUAGUGCACUAGAUAGGGAAUAGGUUGCUGGCCACAGGACUCAAACAGUUACUUGUGUUUCUACUCUAGGCAUGUGUGGUGUGUGGAAUCAUAUCAACAGCUCAACAUGUCAGGAUGUUAAUAACUAACUGUAUCAUGGCCUGCUUUACAGCGUACGUCCUCCACUGCUCUGCCCUGGAUGGAUGGACAUCGGUGGAGUCGUCCAAACUGAAGAAAGCAUGCAUCAAUAAAUGCAGGCUGAGGAUGUGUCAGAGGAGAAAGAUGGAGGAGAAUCAUUAUUACAUGUCCUGAUGACUUCACACAGGGCCCUACCAUUGAUGUCUUCUAGAACCGGUCUACCUGUUUGUUGUUAGACAUUAGAUUAGACCAUGGCUGUGUUCCAAAUGGUACCCUAUUCCCU